AUGAAAAAACCAGGGUUUAUUCAGAGAUUUGAAUAUGCUGAGGGGCAAUGUGACCACAGUACACCCGGGAAAAGCACGUUUGCAGUUUUUGUGCACGAUAGAGAGUUAACAAACGACCACUGUUACAUAUUUUCUGAUCUUAGAAAUAAAGCUGAUUUUGUUGCUUCACACUCUUACUGUUCUAAAGCAGGAUUUGCCUUACCUGGAGAUGUUGUUAAAGAAGAACUGGAGUUUGUUAUGACUGAACUGCUUGGAUUUCAUGAAGGUGAUAUCUUACCCUUCAGUUAUACGAAAAACCCAUCAGAUCACAGCUUAUCUGGCACCAAGGUAUCGAUAAACACUGUUGCUGAUCAAUACCCAGCAGGAGAAAAGCUAGAAAAUUUUACUAAUUCAUCAGUUCCAAAGCUUUUACUAAUUCAAGAAACCUUAUAUCGAUAUGACAUACAAAAAAAUGAGUAUGUCAUCUUUAAUCCAAAACUAAAUCCUCACGAAGCAGUGCCAUUUGAUGAACCAGCUGUUGAACUCGGAAGAAAACGAGAACGUAACGCAGAAGGCGAUCGCGGCAUAGGUAUAUUAUGCCUACUAAAUAGCUAUUUUGCUCCAGUAAACGCAUUGAUUGCGAUGCAAUUGGAAGAGAACUACAGCACUUUUUGCUUGCUAAAACCAAAAUGGCCUUUCUGUAAUUACCCUUUCACGCUUCACAUUUACAUGGUCGACGCUACAGAUGCAAAACUGCUACACGUAAAUUACGCCAUUUCUAUGAUCUUAACGUACAGCGAAGGAGGCAUGCCUGCAGGAAAUGUUGCUGUUACACAACAACAAGUGCCGUUUAAUGUGAUGGCUUCUAAUCAUCGCCUUUUCUGA